AUGGGUCGGACCAUUGACGCUCUGUCCAAGCAGCUCGCCAACAAGAAGGAUGCUACUGUCCGCGAGAAGGCUCUGACCGCCAUACAGGCCAUUGCCCAGCACGCUGAGGUGUCGGCCAACGUCGAGCCCUUCCUGAUUGUUCUCCUGCCCGCUGUCCUGGCGUCUGCCGGUGACAAGAUCACCAGCGUCAAGACCGCUGCCAUCGCCGCUGGUCUGGCGAUCGCCGAGGCUCUGUCCCCCAACGCCGUCAAGGCGGCCCUGCCCAGCGUCAUUGAGUCGCUGCGCAACGCCCAGAAGUUCCCCGAGCGCCUGCUCGCCCUCGACUUCAUUGACACCCUGAUCCGCACUGCUCAGGCCCAGAUGUCCACUCGUGUCCCUGAGCUGAUCCCGGCCGUCUCCGAGGCCAUGUGGGUGACCAAGAAGGAGGUCUCCACCCGUGCCUACAAGACCAUGGAGGUUGUCUGCUCCCUGAUCGUCAACAAGGAUAUUGAGAAGUUCAUCCCCGAGCUGAUCAAGUGUGUGGCCAAGCCCGAGAACGUCCCCGAGACGGUCCACCUGCUGGGUGCCACCACUUUCGUCACGGAGGUGCAGGAGCCCACCCUGGCCCUGAUGGUCCCCCUGCUGGACCGUGGUCUUGCUGAGCGCGACACCGCCAUCAAGCGCAAGUCGGCUGUCAUUGUCGACAACAUGUGCAAGCUCGUCGACGACCCGAACAUCGUCGCUCCUUUCCUGCCCAAGAUGAUGCCCGGUCUGCAGAAGAACUACGAGACCCUGGCCGACCCCGAGGCCCGUGAGAAGACCCGCCAGGCCCUGGACACCAUCACCCGUGUCGGCAACGUCGUCGACGGCAAGAUCCCCGAGCCCAGCAACCACGGCGACGUCCAGAUCGUCCUGGGCCACCUCAAGUCCGUCCUGGGCGCCAAGGGCAGCGACGCCAAGUUUGCCCCCGUCCUGACCUACAUUGCCGCCAUUGCUGGCCAGCUCAUCGACGAGAAGGACAUUGAGCCCACCACCUGGGUCACCAACCUGAAGUCGUACGUCGCCGUCGUUGUCGGCGACGCCGAGGCCGAGAAGGUCGUCGAGAGCCUCCGCAAGAAGGCGUCUCCUGGCGCUGCCGCCGAGGAGGAGGGCGAGGCCGACGACGAGGUGGGCGAGGACCUGUGCAACUGCACGUUCUCCCUUGCCUACGGUGCCAAGAUUCUGCUGAACCAGACCCACCUGCGCCUGAAGCGUGGCCAGCGCUACGGUCUGUGCGGUCCCAACGGUUCCGGCAAGUCCACCCUGAUGCGCGCCAUCAACAACGAGCAGGUGGAGGGCUUCCCCAAGCAGAGCGAGGUCAAGACCGUCUUCGUCGAGCACGACCUGGACUCCGCCGACACCGAGAUGACCACCAUUGACUGGACCAUGAAGAAGCUGUCCGAGGCCAAGGUCGACGUCACCAAGGAGGACGUCAUCAAGCAGCUCAACGAGUUCGGCUUCACCCAGCAGAUGGUGGAGGGCGAAAUCACGGCCCUGUCCGGUGGUUGGAAGAUGAAGCUGGCUCUGUGCCGUGCCGUCUUCGAGGCCCCCGACAUUCUGCUGCUCGACGAGCCUACCAACCACCUGGACGUGAAGAACGUCAAGUGGCUCGAGGACUACCUCAUCAACUCGCCCUGCACGUCCAUCAUCGUGUCCCACGACUCGGGCUUCCUCGACAACGUGUGCCAGCACAUUGUCCACUACGAGCGCUUCAAGCUCAAGCGCUACCGGGGCAACCUCAAGGACUUUGUCGCCCGCGUGCCGUCGGCCAAGUCCUACUACGAGCUGGGUGCCUCCGAGAUGGAGUUCUCCUUCCCGGAGCCCGGCUUCCUCGAGGGUGUCAAGACCAAGGCCAAGGCCAUCCUGCGUGCCACCAACAUGAGCUUCCAGUACCCCGGCACCCCCAAGCCCCAGAUCACGGACAUCACCUUCCAGUGCUCGCUGAGCUCGCGUAUUGCCGUCAUCGGCCCCAACGGCGCCGGCAAGUCCACCCUCGUGAACGUCCUGACGGGCGAGCUGAUCCCCACCGCCGGUGAGAUUUACCAGCACGAGAACAUCCGUAUCGCGUACAUCAAGCAGCACGCCUUCGCCCACAUCGACAACCACCUGGACAAGACCCCCUCCGAGUACAUCCAGUGGCGUUUCCGCACGGGUGAGGAUCGCGAGACGAUGGACCGCGCCAACAAGAUCAUCACCGAGGAGGACGAGCAGGCGAUGAACCGCGUCUUCCGCAUCGGCGACACCCAGCGUCGUGUCAUUGGCAUCAACUCGCGCCGCAAGUUCAAGAACUCGUACGAGUACGAGUGUUCGUUCGCCCUGGGCGAGAACGUCGGCACCAAGCAGGAGCGCUGGACGCCCAUGAUGUCCGCCGACAACGACUGGCUGCCCCGCAACGAGCUGCUGGCCUCCCACCAGAAGAUGGUCGCCGAGGUGGACAUGAAGGAGGCCCUGGCCUCGGGUCAGUUCCGCCCUCUGGUGCGCAAGGAGAUUGAGGCCCACUGCGCCAACUUCGGCCUGGAUGCUGAGCUGAUCUCGCACUCGCGCAUGCGCGGUCUGUCCGGUGGCCAGCGUGUCAAGGUCGUCCUUGCCGCCUGCUCGUGGCAGCGCCCUCACCUGAUCGUCCUCGACGAGCCCACCAACUACCUGGACCGCGACUCUCUGGGCGCCCUGUCCAAGGCCCUGAAGAAGUUUGAGGGCGGUGUCAUUAUCAUCUCUCACUCUGCCGAGUUCACCAAGGACCUGACGGAGGAGGUGUGGGCCGUCCUGGACGGCAAGAUGACGCCCUCUGGCCACAACUGGGUGCAGGGCCAGGGCUCUGGCCCCCGCCUCAAGGGCGACGACGCCGACGAGGAGGACAAGUUCGAUGCCAUGGGCAACAAGAUUGCCGGCACCAAGAAGAAGGCGAAGCUGACCUCGGCCGAGGCCCGCAAGAAGAAGAAGGAGCGUAUGGCCCGCCGCAAGCGUGGCGAGGAGGUCUUUUCCGACGAGGAGGACUAA